AAACAGAGGAGGGAGGGGCCAAAAUGAGGUUUAGGAAAAACGCUGAAUAACAUCUCUCCCUCAUCUGACCACAUAAACCCAAACAAAACACAAACCCCAAACUUCAAAGCCAUAACCAAAGAAGAAAAAUGAUGGGAGCUGACGCUUAUAAUCGCCAACAAUACAACCAACAUGAACGCAUGGAUACAGAGCCCUCCUCAUACCCAAGCUAUGCCCCCCCUUACGUCCUACUCUCCGAGCAAAACAGAGACCCAUCCCUCCGGCCCCCUCCCCACCGUCGCAACAUCCCCCGCUACUACUCCCGCACACCCUCUCGUGGGUGUGGUUGUUGCCGCCUCCUCUGUUGCCUAUUGUGCACCAUUUUCAUCUUCUUGUUAAUCAUAGCCGGCUUCCUAAUGUUUCUUUACCUCUAUCUCGUCCCCAAACUCCCACAGUACUCAGUCCAGCACUUCGGGGUUUCUAGAUUCGAGCCCAACUACGAGGACCUUAGCAUCUUCACCCAAUUCUUGGUUAGUAUUCAUGCUCAUAACCCAAAUGAAAAUAUUGCCAUUAUUUACGCGACCAACAGCAAGGUCUCUGUCAAGUAUUUGGGGGAGACAUUAUGUGAUGGGAAAUUGCCUGCAUUUUAUCAAGGGCACGUUAACACGACGGUGAUGGAUGUGGUGCUUAGCGGCACGAGCCCUUUUGGAAUGGGGUUACAAGCUGCAUUGAUGGAUCAACAGAGGACUGGUAAGGUUCCAUUGGACAUAAAUGUUGAUGUGCCCGUGCAGGUCGAGCUCUCGGGGUAUAGGAUGCCGAAGUUGACGGUGAUAGUGAGGGCAGCCAUUGUUGUCGAUAGCCUUGCGCCUCACAAGAAGGUGAAUAUACGCUCGAGUCGGUAUAAGUUUAAUGUUAAGUUUUGAGGAAACAUAGUUUCUUUUUCUCUCUCUUGACUGAUUUGGUUCUCCUACUGGUUAGGUCCAUAAAUUCUCUUGGGUUUACUCAUAUCUAGGCUUUUCAUUGUUUGGUUGUGGAAAAGUGUAUAGAUCCUUCAUCAUAAAAUAUGAAAAAUUUACGAAGGUUUUACUCUGUUUUGAGUUUC